AUGGUUCACGAAACUGUGAAGCGAGUAAAGCUGGAGAUGUUUGACCACUGGAGUCAAACAGACUUUCGUGUUUCACAUCGUCUGGAGUUAUUUAUCGAAGAGUUCAGACACUUGCACCGCAUAAGCUUGGCAAAUGAUAGAAUAGCGAAUUUCCUUGGUCUGUACGCAGACAGCCAUCAGCUACUGAUUUUUACCGAGUAUCUACCUAAUGGCUCAGUAAAAGACAAGAUAAUGAACAACAGUAUUGAUGAGGAUACUGCUGUGCAUUACUUUUUCGAGGCCCUCAGAGCUUUGGAUUAUCUUCACACGCUUGAUCCUCCCAUCAUUCAUAGAGAUAUAAAGGCCGCCAAUCUAUUGUUGACCAUUAGUAACAGCAUAAAGCUGGCGAAUUUCGGCCUUGUAAGAGACCUUGCAGUUGACGGGUUCGGACUAGCUGUUGCCUCCGACAUCUCGUUAGACUUCAGAGGAACACUGCUCUAUGUGGCGCCGGAAGUCUUGACUAGUGAAUUGGGGCCAGGGAAUAGAAAUGCUUAUGGGAAGCCCGCAGAUGUCUGGGCACUGGGAUGCACUUUUAUAGAAAUGCUAACAAGAUAUCCUCCUCACUUCGAAUAUUUUGGACAUGUAGAAGGUAUCCAGAAGGAGAUUCUUGAUAGAGCUUCCGGCGACAAGUCCAAUUGGUUGCCCUACGACUCUGAGGUAUUGGUACCUACAAGCUCUCAAACGGUGCAUAAUCUGAUUGAUUUUGUUUUUGAACGAAAUCCCAAUAAAAGACCGACGACGACCGCGUUAUGUAAAAUGCUAAAUACUCUUGCAAAAGCCAAAACAACCAAGUGCAAUUUUCAAGCUCUGAAGAAGAAUGAAAGUCCUUCAUCAUCUACUAUCAUCGAGCCAAGAAUAGAAGAUGUUGUGAAAGCAGAUAAAGAAACUGUAGCUUCGACUUAUAUACCGCUGGAAACAUUAGAAAAUGGUGUUGUCCGCAGGAAGCGACAGAUCAAGCGUGUUCGCAGAAAAAGAGGAUUACUGGAGAAGAUGUCUCUCACAAGCCUCUUUUUCUUUUCUCGAGUACUAUACUUUUCGGGUAUUCUUGGAAGGUCCGUGCUAUAUAUCAUUUCUUUUCUGCUCCUUGGUCUCGGAACGCUGGCCCUAUUCCUUUUUAUUGCGUACUGUAUCGUUCUCUUCUUUCGUUAUCUCAUCAAACUGAAUUGCAAUUGUGAUCUCUGGCAGCCACAAUACAUAAUUAUCAGCGGUAUCCUUCUAAUACUACUUUUUGCUUUGAUGUUCAGCUGUUGCAUGGUUGCUCUUGGAGAGUACAAAUUUCGCAAGGCGAACAAGGCAUUACGCGAAUCUCAAUUCUUUGUGCGCCGACCGCACCAUGAUCUCGUUUUUUGUGGUAUCACUAUUCUCAGGGCCAGGCAGAACGAUGAAGAAGAAGAGGAUGAACUGCAUGAGCCACCCGACGCUGCACCCGUGCAGCCUUUGGACAAUGAAAAAUUUUACUACCAAUAA